AUGAGUUUAAAUAGUUCUAAAAUUUAUGCAAAUAGAUUCAUUUUCAAGAAAAAAUUAUCUUAAGGAUCUUUUGGAAUUGUUUAUUAAGUACAUGAUAGAGCUACAAACAUUGAUUGUGCAUUAAAAGCUGAACUUGAAUCAAAUUAAGAGAAAAAAACUUUGGAAAGAGAAAUUUCUAUGCUUAUCUAACUUGAUAAUGUUUAAGGAGUUCCAUAACUGAUAUCUCAUGGUUUUGAUGGUCAAACAUAGUUUAUUGUUAUGGACCUUUUAGGUAAAGAUCUAGCUUAUUACUUAAAAUAAUAUAAGAAAUUCUCAUUCAAAUGUUGUUUGUAAGUUGCUUAUGAUUGCAUUGAUAUUUUAAAAAAUAUACAUAAGAGAUUCAUUAUUCAUAGAGAUUUAAAACCUGAAAAUAUUGUGAUGUCAAUUGAAUUAGAUUAAAUAUACAUUGUUGAUUUUGGUGUAAGCAAGAUAUAUUUUGAAGCAGAUCACAUGUAAAUUUUGUUAUUAAAUAAGUAUUUUAUAGAUCAUUUAGAGAAGACAAAGACUUUAUUGGUACUAUAAGAUAUGCAUCAAUUGCUGCUCAUAAAGGAUAAGAAUUAGGAAGAAAAGAUGAUUUAGAAUCUUUAUUUUAUGUUAUCUUCUAUUUCUUAAGAGGUCAAUUACCUUGGCAAAAUAUACCAGUUGAAUCCUCUGAAAGAAAUAGAAUUGUCGGUGAAAUGAAAUAAUCUAUUUCUGUCUAAGAAUUGACAUCUAUUAAAUGUCCAGAACUCAUUAAAAUUUUUUAAUAUAUUAGAAAAUUAAAAUUUCAAGAAGAGCCAGAUUAUGAAUUUAUUAAAGAUCUUCUUUUAGAUGCAGCUAAAUCUAACAAUAUAUAAUUAGAUGGACAUUAUGAUUGGACAGAAGGAAUCAAAUUUAGUAAAAAACUUUCAGAAUCUAAGGUUUCCUUAGAUAAAAAAGAAUUCCAAUCUCCUAAAUAGCAAAUAAAAAGCACAACUAAAAUCUCAAAUUAAGUUUUUUGGUCAUUGUGUGAUAAUUCUAUGUAUAUAUUAUCUAUAUUCAUUAAUAGACCUUAAUCAUAAAAAAACCUAUUAAUGCCCCCUGAAACAAAAAAGAAAAGAAACGAGAUUCAUCAUUUUUCAAGUGGUUCAAACAUCUCUGCAAUAAUGGGAACUAAAAGCUCAAUGAAAUUAAUGUAUUUGCCAUCAGCAAUAAAUAAAAAAAAUAUUGGAUUAAAAAGAAUGGUGUCUAUAGAAUUUGUAGCUCCUGAUGAAUCAGUAUAUAAAGAAGAAAUCGAUGAAAAUUUUGAUGAGAACCCUUUGAAUGAAAAGUAUAAAGAAUAUUUGAAUGAAAUGUAUUAAUAAAACAAAUAUAUGUAGAUGCUUCUUGAAUUUUAAUAAAUUUAGUUAGAUUUAAAAAUGA